AGAGAGAGAGAGAGAGACAGAGAGAGAGAGAGAGAGGGCUAAGCUAUGCUUCAGGUCUCAGUUCAAUCUAGCUUCUUCUACCUGUUUUUCUCGGUCUGAAAAUUUCUGGGCAUGCUUUAUUAGUUCAGGGCGUACUAGACCGGCUUUCUUACUUCUCGGACUAAUCCCUACAUCACCUCUCACAGUUCCACACCCUUAAGAAUUGCUGACAUGGGGAGUCGGGAUAAACCUAAGUUGCCUCGCCACUAGGCCACCAAGUAUUGUUUCGAAACAUUUUGGGUGUCAGUAAAUCUUUUGGAAAUUUGUUAAUUUUGAUACCUUGGUAAAUUUCUCAUUUUCUCCUGCUAGAAAUUCUAGUAUUGAAAAAUGAUGCACACAAAGUCUGAAUCUGAUGUAACCAGUUUAGACCCAUCAUCCCCAUCAAGGUCUCCAAAGCAGCUAGUAUACUAUGUCCAAAGUCCUUCAAGGGACUCACAUGAUGGGGACAAGUCCUCAAUGCAACCAAAUACCCCGAUGGAAUCCCCUUCACACCCUUCCGUUGGGAGGCACUCUAGGAACUCUUCAGCAAGUCGGUUUUCGGGAAUAUUUAGGUCGUCUUCCGGGAGGAAAGGAGGGCAGAAAAGGAAUGACAAGGGGUGGCCUGAGUGUAAUGUGAUUUUCGAAGAAGGGACUUAUGAUGAGUUUGAUGAUAAGGGGUUUAGCCGACGGUUCCAGAUUGCAUUGGCUUUAUUGAGUUUUGUUGUGUUGUUCACGGUGUUUUGUUUGAUCAUCUGGGGUGCUGGGAGGCCUUUCAAAGCUGAGGUUACUGUGAAGAGCUUGGCAGUGAAUAACAUCUAUUUGGGGGAGGGUUCAGAUAACACCGGGGUGCCAACAAAGAUGUUGACCGUGAAUGGCUCACUGAGGAUUAGCGUAUACAACCCUGCUACAUUUUUUGGCAUUCAUGUUAGCUCCACGCCCAUCAGUCUCGUCUACUCGGAGAUUACUGUUGCCACUGGACAGUUGAAGAAAUACUAUCAGCCGAGAAAGAGUAACCGGAUUACAUUGGUAAAUAUAGAAGGAAAAAGGGUACCACUGUAUGGGGCUGGAUCAAGUUUAGCAGCCUCCAAUAGCGGUGCUGUUCAGGUUCCAUUGACAUUGCAGUUUGAUAUUCACUCACGAGGAAAUGUGGUAGGGAAAUUGGUGAGGACGAAGCACCGGGUCCAGAUUUCUUGCCCCGUGGUUAUUGAUUCCUCCAGUACCAAACCUAUGAAAUUUAAGAAUGAUUCAUGCUUUUACAACUGAUUUGUGUGAUGUAUUUGCAGAUUAUUUGAGAUUGGGUACGGCAUAUGAUAAUGUAAUUCUGAUUUCGGUAAAUAAGAUGGGCGUGUCUUUUGUUCA